UGUGGGUUGUCUAAUACCAAGUAGUGUCAUGAGAGUGAUUUUUAUAGUAUUAUUUACAAUUGUUGUAGUUUUAUAUUUGUACUGUCGAUUUACUCGAAGAGGUCGACUGUUCGCUAAAAUACCUGGACCUCCCCGAUGGCCACUUAUUGGAAAUGUGUACAAUUUUAAAUUGCCUCGAGAUAAAUUGUUUGAAUAUUUGAGAACUCUUAACAAGACCUACGGUGAUGUGAUUGCGUCGGGUACUUUGGAUAUAACAGCUAUUCAUAUUUAUAAUCCUAACGAUAUUGAGACUGUAGUUACGAAAUGUACCAAAAAAUAUAAGCCGUACACAUUUUUGCGGCGAUGGCUCGGCGACGGAUUACUUAUUAGCAAUGGUAGUAAAUGGCAAUAUCGGAGGAAAUUGCUGACUCACGCCUUUCAUUUCGACGUCCUUAGGAAAUAUGCCCGAACAUUCGCAGACGAGGCUGAAGUAUUUAUGGCAGCUAUUGAUAAGGAAGCUGUACUGGAACAGGCUGACGUUAAUCGACUUAUUAAUAAAACCACUCUUCGAAUUAUAUGUAAAACAGUUAUGGGAACUUCAAUGAAAGAAGACAUAGAUUCACUAACAACAAAAUAUUUAGAAGCGAUACACAGAAUCGCUGCGGCAUUGUUUCCAAGAAUGUUAAAUUUCUUGCUUUAUUUAGACAUUACGUUUCAAAUUUCAAAACACGGAUGGGAAGAAAGAGCGGCAAUAAAAGAAUUGCACCAGAUCACAAAAUCUAUUAUCAAAGAACGCAAAUCGUACAUAAAUAGUGAUAAUUACAAACAAAAUGAAACUGAGAAGAUAUUGAAUAAAAAGGGUCGCCUAGCAAUGUUAGACUUGUUAAUUGAAAACGAAAGGGAAGGUAAAAUUGACGUUGACGGCAUCAGAGAGGAAGUGGACACUUUUAUGUUCAGAGGAUUCGAUACAACAUCUGUGACAAUGGCAUAUUUGAUUAUGUUAAUAGCGAAUAAUCUAGAAAUACAGAAUAAACUUUAUGAAGAAAUGAAAAGUAUUUUCGGUGAUUCCUGUCGUCCGGCGACAAUCGGCGAUUUAAAAGAGAUGAAAUAUUUGGAUUGUUGUAUCAAGGAAACAUUACGGCUCUACCCUGCUGUGCCUUAUAUUGUUAGAACUAUCACUGAAGAGAUAGUACUAGGGGGUUACGUUAUACCGACGGGGACAAUGUGCCAGAUUCACAUAUAUGAUUUACAUCGCCGACCGGACCUGUAUCCGGAUCCUGAACGCUUCAUACCUGAGAGGUUUCUUCCAGAAAACUCCAUCAAUCGUCAUCUCUUCGCCUACCUACCUUUUAGCGCUGGCUCUAGAAACUGUAUCGGUCAAAAGUUCGCUAUGUUGCAGAUGAAAACAUUAAUGUCGAGUUUGAUAAGAAAAUACCGUUUAGAGGCAGUUACUAAAACUGCGGAUCUCAAGUUCUAUGUGGAUUUUGUACUCCGAGCUGACCGUCCUAUUUUUGUACGAUUUUGUCCAAGAAAAGUGUGACGUUAAAUUAUCGAAUUUGUUUUGUUGGAAAAUUUUUAAGGUUAACGGUUGGGACUGUCGUAAUUAUUUAAUAACUUUUAUUUUUAAAGACUAUUUUUAUCAUAUUAUA